AUGGCUCAAGGUAAACUCAAGCUUAAAGCAAAGGCACCAGGAAGAAUCACCAAGAAACAACUGACCAAAGCCAAGGCAGCUGCACCAAGAGUUUACAAGGCCAAGAGAGCAGGAGCUAAGCACGACGAAAAAUUAGCCAAAGUUCAACUGGGACAAUUAGUUUCAUCCACUGAAAAGCUUAUUGCCAGUAGAGUUGGACAUCUUGAAAUUAUCAAGGGAUCUCGUAGAGAAAUCGAGAGAAAGGAAAAGGAAAAGAAGAAGGCUGGUAAAUAG